UUGUUUACAAACUCUGCCUGAGCUGGCCGGGCGAGGCUGUGUGUGUGCCCUCCAGUGUUUACUUACUUUGUUUACUUUGUGGCUUUGUUUACUUUGUUGAAUCUCGUCGACUACGGGCACAGCUGAGGUGCAGAAGUCUGGGCAACUCGACAGGAUCUAACCCCCACUUUGGUGACAGAACGACAAACUUAAAACACCUGAUAGCAAGUGGCCCCACAGCCUUACUAGCCCCAUAAAACACCCAGGAGGAAGAAGUACCACUGACGGGGCUCUGGAGGCCGUGGUCCCACAGCCUAUCUAGCCCCAUUAAAUACUCCAGAAGAAGAAGAGGCGUGUCCCUGUGUGUGUGUGCGCUCCACAACACUCGUACGGGAAGACUUUGCCGCGUGGAGGUGAAGAGUGUGCCAUGUGGAGGCCCGCACGCUGGCUGCCUUGAGAAGAGGCGUCCCCCUAUGAACACCAGCUCCCUUGCCUCUUUAGAAAUCACUAGUUCUAACCAUGGCCCAGGCAGCCAAGCAGCCCCAGGGGCGUGAGGCUUUACUCAAGUCCUACAACAAGCGACUCAAGGAUGAUGUCAAGUCUAUCCUGGACAACUUCAUGGAGAUUGUGAAACUGGGAUUGGUGGAGGAUGAGAGCCAAAUUGCCCGCAUGACGCAGGUGGAGGAGAUCAACUUUCAAAUGCAAGUCCGGUCAGCCAACAUGGUGAGGGCGGCAGAGUCCUUGAUGAAGCUGGUGGCCGACGUGAAGCAGUACCUCAUCCUCAAUGACUUCCCGUCCGUCAACGAGGCCAUCUCCCACAACUCCACCAUCUUCAAGACCAAGAGUCAGGAGGCCGACCAGAAACUCAUGGCCCUGCGGGACGACAUGGCCUCUGACCUUUAUGAGCUGGAGGAGGAGUUUUAUUCUUCCAUAUAUAAAGAGAAGUAAUGCUGCCAGUGAGGAAACCGUGUGCCAGGUGCUGAUGUCCUGCUGGCAGCCAAGACUCUGCCAAGAACACCACUCGCCGCACCGUAACACACAACACAUCAGCUGCUCCAGAAGAAUAUCAGUAGUAAUAGUCACAGUGGCCCAAGGCGCAGCGUUGAGACCAGUCAGGGCCCAGAGGCCGACUUUUGGGUUAGAGUAAGAAAGGAGUAGUAAUGACUAUAGUAUUGACAUGACCCCAGUGUUUGCUCCAGUUUGGGCAUAUAAAAUGCAAGUAAAUAAUAUUAAAUAAGUUAUAGGAGAAAACUUGAUCAGUGAAAUAAGCAAUUUAGUCAUUCAUGUAUUAUUAUUCCAGUAUUGCUGACACCCCAUAUCCUAAAACAAGGAAUUUGUGAUAUACAAACUAAAAAAAAGUAUACAAAUUUUUUUUCAAAACAUUUGAAAAAUAUAAGACACUUACAAAACACAUUUAUUUCAUAAACAGAAGCAGUGGAUGGCUGCACCUCUCCUCAGGCAGUGUGGUCUAAACUUGAUGCCUUUACCUUCAUAAUCUUAAGUCCUUCACAUGUUCAGUCCUUUGUAACCAUGAAACAAGUCAGUGAUGGUCAUUCCUGUGUUCUGGCAGCUUAGCCAGAAGGUAAUCAUCUGUUCAAGUUGACUCACUUGUAAACCAACAAAGACAAUUUACAGAAUUCUUAUACAGGAAAGACAACUACCAGCACAUCAUACAAACCAAACUGUUGAUGUUGAAGUCCCUUCCCUGCACAACAAAUAGUGUCUGGGGUGUAGCCUUGAUGCUCAGUCAGGGUAGACUCUACUAACGUUGAUAAUUAUUUAACCCGUCUUGUGAAUAGAUAUUCCGGGUGUUUACAUCUGGUUAUUUAGUACUCCUGUUUGUGCAUGUUGUAGCCAACUUUGAAUUGCAUUGAAUGAUAUGAGAAAAGUUAUGAAGAUUUCAUGUAACAAUGUUAGUUGAUUUCAACACCAGUCUUUCAUAAAGUACUAUGUUAUAGUUCCUGACACCCCGUGAAUAAAAACACUGGCCUCUACGCUCUAUCGUAGAUACCUCACAUUGGCGGUGCAGCUGAAGGCUAAAUACUGGUUUGUUUUGGCAGCACUGAUGAAAGUUGAGGAUUCUGCCACAGGUCUCCCACCCUACUCAAUUGUAUAAGCUGGCGACAGUGAGAAAUAAGAUAACAUUCUUUAGUGAAAAAAAUAGCUGAAUAGGAACAUGUUUAAGGCAUUCUGCCGAGGUUCACUUUAUCAUCAGAAUUCUCUUAGACUGGUUACCUUGCCUAACUCUCUCUCUGCAGGUUCAUUGUGAUGAGAAAUUUAGCUCUGAUCUUUCAGAAUUGCAAUUCUGGCAGUAUUUGUUUGCAACUGUAGAGGGAUAGCAAUAUAGUAGUUUACCUUAAAUUCAAGUAGCUUUUUCCUAUAAUAUAUUUCUAAAAGAUAACUCACUGUGUAAAGUAGCAGUUACAAUGAGUUUCACUUCACCAUCAGGUGACAGGCAACCUGGUUCACUCCACUGCCUCUUAUCAUAUUGCACGUGUACAUUCUUGCCGGAGUAAAGAGAAAAUACCCCAUCUAAAAUCUGUUACAGAGCCCCUUUUUUAGCUUGAGCAGUGAUGGGGUUGAGGCCUGAGACAAGAGACAACCAUUUGUAGCAGUGAAAGGUUUUCUUGUGAAAUGUGUCCAAUAGCAUCAUAUUUACACAUUCUAGUAGUGUUGCUUAGUCCUCAAACUUUUCUUUCUGGAACAACUUUAUUGGAAGCUUUACCCCCAUAACCCAUUUACAAGACUCUUGACGGUACUAAGAGCUGCGUGCCUCUUGCCAUUGGGUAUUUGGUUACCUACUUGUUUUACUCUCCUAUACACAUUGAAGAACCUCGGACCCUGACCACAACAUUGUCACUGCCGCCGAGUGAUGCAUUACAUUGCAUACACAUACAAGGCAGAUUGCAACUUUCCAUUUUAUCAAAGUUCACAACCCAAGUUUAUUAAGCAUUUCAUUUGAGCUUUAUCCUGAUCAUCAUAUCAACUGCACAAUUCCUUUCAUUUCAUUUCCAUUUUACAGGCACACUAAUUUUUUCAUUCUAUCUAUGGGGAUGUAACAAGCUUGUUUGAUAAUAAUCCAAUGAGUAGAAUGGAACAGAUUUUUCAAGGCUGUGUGAAUGUUCUACUGUUGCACUUGAACAUGGAAGCCUCAGAUCCUUCAUGGGCUAAUAGAAGUUUACUUAUCAAGAAUUCUGCAUGGAAAAUUUAAUACACGGGAAGUCUGGGUUCAGUAAUCAAGGGUCUGCCCAAGUAAAAUUUAAUACAUGGGAAGUCUGGGUUCAGUAAUCAAGGGUCUGCCCUAGAAAAUUUAAUACAUGGGAAGUCUGGGUUCAGUAAUCAAGGGUCUGCCCUAGAAAAUUUAAUACAUGGGAAGUCUGGGUUCAGUAAUCAAGGGUCUGCCCUAGAAAAUUUAAUACAUGGGAAGUCUGGGUUCAGUAAUCAAGGGUCUGCCCUAGAAAAUUUAAUACAUGGGAAGUCUGGGUUCAGUAAUCAAGGGUCUGCCUAGAAAAUUUAAUACAUGGGAAGUCUGGGUUCAGUAAUCAAGGGUCUGCCCUAGAAAAUUUAAUACAUGGGAAGUCUGGGUUCAGUAAUCAAGGGUCUGCCCUAGAAAAUUUAAUACACGGGAAGUCUGGGUUCAGUAAUCAAGGGUCUGCCUUAGAAAAUUUAAUACACGGGAAGUCUGGAUUCAGUAAUCAAGGGUCUGCCCUAGAAAAUUUAAUACAUGGGAAGUCUGGGUUCAGUAAUCAAGGGUCUGCCCUAGAAAAUUUAAUACAUGGGAAGUCUGGGUUCAGUAAUGAAGGGUCUGCCAUAUACAUGAGUAGGGUUCAUCCCUCCCUCUUAUCUCACUAGUGAACUUAAAAAGGCUGCCCAGUGCUCCUGAUGCCUCGCAAUUCAUUUGCUCAAGGUUCACGAACUAUUAGUGUAAUUGAUAUACUUAUUAAUGUUUCUUUUUAUGCUUCAAAAUAAGUUCUCUCUUUAUACUUCCUUGUAGUACAUUUCCAAUAUAUUUGUUUUUCAUACUACGCAUGAAACAAUGAAUAUAGGGAAUUCAGGCACAAUAACGAACCAGUUUAAUUUUUCCUGUAGAAUUUUGAAUAAUAAGAAAUUUAUAAGUGCAAGCAUUAAGUGAAAUAAAUCCCCUUUAUAUCACAGAUUCCCUGUGUAAGAGAUCACAUCACUAGGGGCUCCAGCAUUUCAUAAUAUGUUGUGACUUAGAGCUCCAUCAGCAGCAGCAAUAAAGAGUUUUAAAGCUCCAUCAUCAGUAGAAAUCAUAGGAAUAAUUGUCAUCACCUCAUUUUCACUGCCAAGCAAGUCAAGGGGCCACAGGCUUUUAGAGUAAGAAUUAUUUAAGUCAGAAAAAUGAAGAUUAUCUUGGGAAAUGGACCACAGGACCUCCCUGCCUUUCUUCCAUAGAUCCUAGUGCACACACACACACACACACACACACACACACGUUUAAAGCAAAGUUUGACCAAUUAAAACUGGGACCACACGAGCGUAGCUCACUUCCUGUAUAUCACAACUAGGUAAAUACACACACACACCUGUAGCCAGAACUGCCUGCCAAGACCCACUGUUCACUGGACUACCAAAAGGCUGGUGUCAGUGAUGAGGCUUGAGGCCAACCCCUGAUAUCCUUUACAAAAGGAGCAAUGAGACUGCUUGCACCUGACUGUUGGUGGGGGUUGAUCAUUUUUUUAAAAUUUAUUCAUACUUUUUUUCUCAAACUGGAGCACACUUGGGGCUAUCAAGCAGGAGGGAGGAGUAUGUCACUUGCUUCUUUUGGCCAACAAGUUCUUGAUAUUGAGUCAGCAUUUGCAACCCUUUCGUUAAAAGGAAAUUUGGGAGCAACAAAGGUUACCUAAUUAAUUUCAAAAGUAAAGUGAUCUGCAUUGACCUGAUGGGCACAGCACCAGUAUGUAAGAAGAAUCUGGCCUGCACAGAGGCCAAAAUCCCAAGUGCUUGGGUCUUGAAAAUUCAGCAUUUUUAUUUAAAUUUGUCUUUUCCACAUGAAACCAACAAUACAUAGUGCUUAAUUUAGAGAAAACUAAGCAGUCGCACAACUGAAAAUGCAGCAUUAAAAUAUUUUCUAAGAUAUAAACAACAAAAAAAUGGAAGCAAUGCUUUAAUUUUUGGUUGAUUUCAGCUAAACAUAAGUUACCGUACAAAAAAUAAUAAGCUUGACUUUGAUCUUUACUUUCAGUAGUUUAUAACAUAAACUAUUCUAUGUAAUAAUUUUAUGUACAGUAAAUUUCAUUACAAAAGUUGUGUUAGACUCUAUUAAACUGGGCUGUGGGCCAAGCCAUUGCCCUACCUCUGCCUCAGGCUGCCCCCCAUUAGCCUCACAUCACCACCAGGCUCACACACUGGAGAGGCUUAUGCACCUUGUAAGGGCUCAGCUCCUUGUAUUGACAUCUUGGGUAUUUUCUUGCUCUGUAGCUUUGAGAGCAGAAUGACAGUCAUGUCAUGUCAGCAACUUAUUAAAGUUAGUAGUCCAAGGAAUCAUCAUCAUAACAUCCCCUAAUGAACAUUAAUACAAGUUGGGUAUAAAUGUCUGCGAUCAAAGGACUCUGCAUUUACACAAGAACUUAGCAUGCGUCAAAAGAUGAGAGAAACCUUGUGCAUAAUCAGUGGUAAAAGAUAGAUUUUAUUCCAAACACAGUCAACCAACAUAUUAAAAAGCUAAUAAUUUGCUAAUUGUUAUCUUACUUUUUAAUAAAUAUCUAGGCUAAUAAAAAAUAUUUCAAAUGGAUGAGAUGCUCACCUUACAAGCAAACUGAAAACUAACAAAUAAAGGCAACAGGGUCAUAGGAAUAGAAGUUUAUAUAGUUAACUUUUCCUGUGAAGCUUCACAAGCACAUCAGUCACAUAUCACACACCAUGGACAAAAAAGUAACACACGAGUUAAUUUCACCACAUCUCGGACAUAAAUGAAUCUCCCUUAAACACUACCCAAAACUGCCCAAUUCUUGGAACAAUAAUAUAUUAAUUACUUUCCCAGGAGUUUGCUAAUGGCACAAUAUUUACUCCUUUGGUUGUUGUCACCAAGGAGCUGCCACUUGUUUCACUGAUGUUGAGAUAAAACAAUUUGUAGAAAAAGAAAAAGUAGAAACGUAUCAGUUUCAUGAUAGUUGAUGGCUCAGUAUGUAAGCCACUGUGGGGUGACUGGUCCAAGUGGGUUGCAGCUGAUACUGAAAUUCAGUGAUUCUGCCUUCAAUUCUGAAAUUGCAGAUGCAUCGUCAUACUUUCUAAUGUGAUAACUGAACUUAAGGUUUCAUCAGUAUUCAUUUUUAGAGAGGCAACCAUUUAUAGGCACUAUAUAGAGAGAACUUAAGUAACAUUUGCCUUACUUCACAUCUGUUAUUUCUGCUUUUUUCUGGAAAAAAUCAUUUGUAGAACAGUACUGUUCAGGUAGUGAUAAUUCUUUCCUUGAUAACUAUCUCAGCUCAUUGUUUUACAUAAUUAUUCAGCAAUCACUAUGUUUAGUGCUCUUGUCUAAUAAAUAUAAAAUGUGAAUAUUUAAUAUGGUCAUCAUAUUACUUGUAUAUAUUAAUUUACAUGCUUUAUAUAUUAUCAUUGGUAACCCACUUCUUACAAAGGAAGAAGGAAUUGUUGAAAGUCUUUGUGGUCAGCAUUUCUAAUAUAUGUUUUAUAGGUGCAUGCACAGGACUUUUAAAAUUAUGCAAUGUUACAUUCCUCUUAAGGUUCUUACAAAUAUAAUAUUAAUAGCAGUGUUUUUUCACAGAGAAUGUGGAGUAAGGAACACCUGGACCAGUCACAGAGCAGCUCGGCACGGGAUGGGAGGUGGCCACAGUGUAGCAUGAAGUGUAAGCAACAGAGAUUCAAACUAUGGUGAUCCCACAUAGCAGGACACCAACACAGUGCCUGACAGAUAAAUAAAAAGGCACACCAUCAGAACAAACAUUUAAAUGUUAUUUUAAAUACAACUAAAAAAAAAAAGUCCCAAAUGCUGGACAUAAGAAUGAAAGACUUAACCUUUAUACAUUAUUACACCCAAACCUGGACACAAUCCAGAACCUGCAGGUGUGUGAGCCUCACUAGGCAGCUUGUGAUGCUGCUCAGGUGGUGAUACCCAGCUGCCAGUGGGGAGGGAAAGAAUGGGAAGGAGAGCCCAGCCUUCAGAACAAGCAGAAUCAGACAACCCACACCAACUGCACCAUCAUGUGCCUAUGAAGAUUAUUUACACAUCUGGCCAAGAAUGCUGGAGCUCUGCACAUGUACACACACCUGUAUGUGAGACAAAUAAAGGCCAACACCUAA